AUGUCGGCACCAGAUAUUGUCGACGAGAAGAAACAUGAUGCUCAGCAUGUGGAGAGUGUCAGGAGCCUCAUCACCAUUGACAAUAUCCAGGUGCUCGGUCUGAGUCCUGAGGACGCGCAAUUCUACACAGACUUCUCGGCGGAGCAGAAAAAGGCAGUCUUGCGCAAGGUUGAUAUUCGCUUGGUGCCAAUGUUGGCCGUACUUUACUUGAUCUCUCAGAUUGACCGAGCCAACAUCGGAAAUGCAAAGAUUGAGGGACUCACGGAAGACUUGCGACUAAGUGGCAUCCAGUAUAACAUUGUACUGAGCAUUUUCUUCGUCCCCUAUGUGCUUCUGGAGGUGCCGAGUAAUAUCCUACUGAAGAGCUUUUUCAGGCCUUCAAUCUAUCUGGGGAUUCUCAUCACUUGCUGGGGAAUUGUGAUGACCCUAACAGGCAUUGUGCAAAACUUCGCUGGUUUGCUCAUUACACGUCUUCUACUAGGUGCUUUCGAAGCAGGAUUCUACCCCGCGGCCAUAUAUCUAUGCACAUUCUGGUACAUGCCGAAGGAUCUCGCCUAUCGCGUUUCUAUCUUUUACUGUGCCAGUGCUCUUUCUGGGGCUUUCUCGGGUCUUCUAGCCGCCGGCAUUGCGCAAAUGCAUGGAAUUGGUGGCCAGGAAGGUUGGCGAUGGAUCUUCCUGCUGGAGGGGCUUGCAACGGUAGUACUCGGAGUGAUGUGCUUUUUUCUGCUAAUUGAUUCACCGAGAAGAUCGAGCAAGUGGCUCAGCCCUGACGAAAUACGAUACCUUGAGCUGCAACAUUUCAUAAAGGAAGGGGGUGAUUUUAAGGAGCAGAGAAAGAGGGUCUCAUGGGAGGAGCUUAAGACUGUCCUUUCCAACUGGAGGUUGUAUAUGCUGUCGUACAUCUUGCUCUGCCAGUCUGCCGCCGCAUACGGGUGUCGCACUCAUCAAGGAAUACACAGGCCUCAAAUUUACCAUGCCUACUAUCACGAAGGCCAUGGGAUUUACCAAUACGAACGCACAGCUCAUGGUUGCGCCCCCGUAUAUUGCGGCUGCCAUCUCCGCCAUCUGUUCCUCUAA